AUGGCCGCUCCACCAGCUAGAGCUAGAGCCGAUUACGAUUUACUCAUAAAGCUUCUCUUGAUCGGCGACAGUGGUGUGGGUAAGAGUUGCCUCCUUUUACGUUUCUCUGAUGGUUCCUUCACCACCAGUUUCAUUACCACAAUUGGCAUUGAUUUUAAGAUAAGGAGCAUAGAGCUUGACGGCAAACGAAUCAAACUGCAAAUAUGGGACACUGCUGGCCAGGAGCGAUUCCGAACGAUCACAACUGCAUACUACCGUGGAGCCAUGGGUAUUUUGCUGGUGUAUGAUGUAACCGAUGAGUCAUCUUUUAACAACAUUAGGAAUUGGAUUCGUAACAUUGAACAGCAUGCUUCUGACAAUGUCAACAAGAUACUGGUGGGUAACAAAGCUGACAUGGAUGAAAGCAAAAGGGCUGUUCCUACCUCGAAAGGCCAAGCACUUGCUGAUGAAUAUGGCAUCAAAUUCUUUGAGACUAGUGCAAAGACCAAUUUGAACGUGGAGGAGGUUUUCUUUUCUAUGGCUAGGGAUAUAAAGCAUCGACUUGCAGAAACUGACUCGAAAAGUGAGCCUCAAACCAUCAGGAUUAACCAACCAAAUCAGCCAGCAGGGGCCGCUCAAACUGCCCAAAAAUCAUCUUGCUGUGGUUCUUAAACCAAUCUUUUGCAUUCAAGAUAGAAUCACAAAGUACAUCAUCAGAGUGGCCAUUUUGGUGGGAAGAACUGAUCAUGGUAUGACAGUAUCGGUGUUGCAUGUAGCGCUUUCCCGGACGUUAUUCUCAUUUACUACUACUUUGUGUUCUAGUGGUAGUUCUUAUUUUGAGAUUUGAUUAUUAUAAUCUUAUGUUUUACUUUGUUAUCCUUAGCAAUUGACACAAAAAGUUUAACCUAUUGCCCUUGUCCUCUCUCCCCAAGUAGAAACAAAGGUAGAAGCACCAACUUUCUUUUUGUCUUGAACUGUUCUGAAUGAUGUGGUGAUCUUUCAUGGAAGCAAAAUUUAUUUGUGCUUUA